AUGCACCCAGAAACGAGAGAGGUUGUGAACGAAUCCGAGGCAGCAGCAAGAUUUACAUUCUGGAGCACUAUCAUCGUCUUCACAUGUUCCUACUUGAUCACGGCUGUUCAUUUGAUUGUGCUUGGAGCAGCAAUUAUUGUCAGAGUAACGUCAGUGACUCGAGAAGCAAUCACGACGCAUGGGAACCCGCAAGCAAUUGCUUACCAAAGAAUUGUUACAUAUCGAAUAUUAGUGCUCUUUUCGGCCUUUAUUGUUUGCCACACGCCAUUUUGGAUUAUGGCAAUUCUUCAGGAAAUUCCUAGCUACAUAAAUGCCGUAAAUAAAGCAUCGCCACAUUAUCCAGCGAUAAUGAACGGGGCAGCAUACUUGAUGACUGCGAACUCUGUUGUAAAUCCGCUUCUCUAUGCUGCCGUGAAUGACGAUUUCAAAUUAGCAUUCAGAUCGUCGAUUAACCGUCUUCGUCGCUGGUUCUACAAUCCAAAGCUUUUCUUUUGGAACGUUUUUCAAUCAUCAACAAUGCAGGACGAUGUCAGACUCACACAAUCAAUGCUGCUCACUACGCCACAGCCUCCGCCUCAAUCACUCGUUGAAGACUAA